CGCCAGCAAACGCUCAGUUCGAAUGUAGCCGCGGUUUGUACCAGUAGCCGCGCGCACUGUGUUAAGAAACGCACGGAUCAUCAGCCGCGAACACUACUGCACACGCGCGCACCGUCUCCCCUUCUCGCUGUCUUAGAUUUGUUGUCGUGUGUGAAAGUGAACGUUGUCGGUAACCGAGGGGAAGCGAAAACUGCCCGUAGGAAUAGAAGAUACGCUUGCAGUGUUUGGCUGGUUAGGGAUUUUUGUUUCCUGUUUAUUUCGUUUUUUGCUGCUCAUUGCCGUCCUUGGAUCAUUUUCCCGACCAAUUUUCCUCCACCGCCUGCGGGACCUGCGAGCAAUAAUAUGCACCGAUAUAGAGUGGCGCUCAAACAUUAGCGAUCGCCGCUGGUUGGCAGAGCUUCUGCUACUGAUUAGUGUGUUUUCCUGUUUAUAAAUAUUUUGAGUGCUCGUUCAUCGCGUGGUUCGAGGUGGUGGGCACUGGACGCAGCUGGAAAAUCCGGUUCGCCAGUACGUCGCGGAACGCGUUUUUCCCCGAGGAGCAGAAAUUACGGAUCCCCUCCCCGUAUGGAAGACGUGUAGAGAGUGUCGGGACGUACGGGAAGACGAACCACCGCUGCGAAAAACCAGACCCGAAAUUAACUCGCGUGAAAAAGGGCAGCCGUGUGUGUGAAAACGCUUACUGUGUCUGGUGUGCCAAAACGGUCGGUGUGUGUGUGUGAUUGCGUGUGUCGUGAGCGGGAGUAGUAGACCAUCUUAGACACUCUACAGCGGUUUGCCGAGUGUGUCAUCACUGUCGGAAGAGUAUCGCGUAACCCCCUUCGAAACGGAGCAAUCGUGAUCGCAACCCCUCUAGAAGGAAGGUGGUGGUAGAGAAGAACAUCGGCGCAACCAGAAGUAGGCAGUAACUUGAUCUUUUGGCGGUUUGUCCUAGAACCGACGGAAUAGCAGGAAGGAAAAACGUGGCAGAGUGCAUCUUCGUCCAGAUAAAUUCACGUCAAAUCAGAUCAAUGCUCCAAAGGAUAAAUCGAACAACAUCUUCCCCGCUCAGUGCAAAACCGAAUCCCCGAGCUGGUCCUAAUUGCCCUAUUGCCAGUGAUCUGUUAUGACCGUUGCCUGUUUUAUACGUUGCUAAUAAGUAUAUCAAACCGCUCUGUUCGCAAAAGUAGGCAGUUGUUUUGUUAAGUAUCAAUUAGAAAUCGUUAAACGUAAGAGUGCAAAUAUCUUCAUCUCAAACGAACGAGCCGCUUGGAGCAUCUCUUUACUUUUGCAAAAGCUACUCACAGUGAGUGACUGUGUGUCUGUUUUGUUUUACGGCCAGAGAGUUUUUUUUUUCAAAGGCAGCAAAAUGUUCAAUCGACUACGAAUGCGAAAGGAAAAGCCUUCGAAAUCGGAGACAAUCUCCACGACCAACACCACCGUCAUACAGGAUGCAGCGAAGGAUAACAAGAAGUUAAUCCUAGACAAUAGCCGCUGGGAGAGACGCCUCCAGAAGGAACUGAUGUCUUUAAUAAAGGAACCCCCACCAGGAGUGUCAGUGGACGAAGAAAGCGUUAGUCAAAACCUUACUCAAUGGAUAAUAAACAUUGAUGGUGUGGAAGGAACACUGUACGAGGGUGAACACUUUCAGUUGUUAUUCAAAUUCAACAAUAAGUAUCCGUUCGAUUCGCCGGAGGUUACGUUUAUAGGCUCAAAUAUUCCUAUCCAUCCUCAUGUCUACUCGAACGGACACAUAUGUCUGUCGAUCCUAACGGAUGAUUGGUCACCAGCGUUGUCAGUACAAUCAGUGUGUCUUAGUAUAUCGUCAAUGUUGAGCAGCUGUCGAGAGAAGCGACGGCCACCGGACAACGGUAUUUAUGUGAAGACGUGUAACAAAAAUCCGAAGAAAACCAAAUGGUGGUACCAUGACGAUUCCGUGUAGGAGGUCGCCCCAAGGUGGCGUAAUUGAUGCCCGACUGAAGGAUGCAAACAAGGACCGAUGUAGUCGUCGAUUCCAAAACACUUUCUGUAUAAUUUGUCUCCAUGGUUUCGUAUCGGACGAUGAAACAGCCGAUGUAACUCUAUAAAACAUACGUAUUCAUUAUCUCUCUA